AUGGCGACACCUUCCAACGACCAGUUCAAGCGCGUUAUCCUUGUAACCGGGUCCAACGACGGAAUCGGCUACGAGCUCGUCAAGCUCCUAGCUGAGAAAGGCCACACCGUUUAUCUCGCUUCAAGGAAGGAAGCAUCUGGAAAAGCUGCACAGGCGAAAUUGAAAGACGAAUGCAACGUCGAUGUCAAAUUGGUCCAGCUCGAUGUAACAGAUGCUGCCUCGAUCCAAGCAGCGAAGGAUACCAUCGAGAAAGCAGAAGGAAGAUUAGAUAUACUCGUAAACAAUGCGGGUAUGAGCUAUAUGACAGAACCCCAAGGAUCCCUCACUGUCUCACUCGACACGCUUCGGAAGACUUUCGAGCCCAACUUUUUCGGGCUCGUUCAGACUACUCAAGCAUUCAUCCCUCUCCUUCGGGCAGCGCCAAAGGGGUACGCUUGUAUUCUGAACGUCUCGAUGUUCCUGGCGUCGAACACGCUUCAAUCUGGUCCAGGACCACAGCUGCACUUUGCUGCUUAUAACUCAAGCAAGGCGGCGAUGAAUGCGUACUCGAUUAUAUUGGCGAGGGAUCUGGAAGUGGAGGACAUUAAGGUUAACAUGGUAUGUCCAGGGUUUGUGACGACCAAGUUGAAUGGAUAUAAGCCUGGAGGGAAGACGCCUGAGGACGGAGCGAAGUCGCUUGUGCCGUGGGCGCUGUUGGGUCCUGAGGAUGCGGGUAAGACUUGUUUGUUUCAGGAUGAGAACGGACUCCCGCUUCCUUGGUAGCUUGUAUGUAAGGGAUACGGAUUCCGUAUGGACCGGGUUAGCUACAUCAUUUCUUUCUUUCUAUUUACCUAUGCCUUCUCCUACCACCACCACCAUCUUCGUCAUCGGUUCACUGCUCGUUGACUGAUUGUAUUUAGCUACGUCAUUUCUUUCUUUCUAUUUACCUAUGCCUUUAGACUGCUACGUAUGCGCCGUUCUCAUCUUUUUUGCUUCUUAACCUUUGAUUUUACCUCUAUGUCGUGUCUUUGACUCUACGUACUCUGGCCAAUAUACGCCGAUCGUGUUCUA